AUCAUCUGUACUAUAUUUGUCUCUAUUUCAUACGUCUGGUUGCAUAGCCGUGUCAUUGAGCAUUCUCGCCGCAUAUUCGCCACCCCCGCGCACCGCCGUUGAUUGUGCAAUUGCAAGAGCCGCUGGUCGUCCGUGUCGAGAACCAUAGCUACCGUUAGACGCUACACCCCGCGUCUGCAUCAUGCCCCACCUACCUCGAGCCUCUGCUCUAUCUGCUUUCCGUGCAGCUCCUCAAUUCCGCGCCUCCGUCCAUAAACGCUUCUUCACUCCUUCGGCAUACAACAUGGCCAUCAAAGCUUACUUCGAUUGCACCUGGAAGGGCCCCGUCGUCGAGGUUGACAACACCGGAAAGGUCACAAAGGUCGGCCAGGUCGAAGAACAGUCUGGUCGCAUCAACUUUGACCUUUUCGACGACGUAGUUCCCAAGACUGCCGAAAACUUCCGCGCGCUGUGCACUGGCGAGAAGGGCUUCGGCUACAAAGGCUCCAAAUUCCAUCGCGUGAUCCCCAACUUCAUGCUCCAAGGUGGCGACUUCACGCGCGGCAACGGCACGGGAGGCAAGUCCAUCUACGGUGACAAGUUCGCCGAUGAGAACUUUAAGCUUCAGCACGACCGACCAUUCCUCCUCUCCAUGGCCAACGCCGGUCCCAACACCAACGGUUCCCAGUUCUUUAUCACAACCGUCAUUACCUCAUGGCUCGAUGGCAAGCAUGUCGUAUUCGGCGGCGUCCCUGACGGCGAUGUCGAGUCUUACAAGGUUGUCCGAGCCAUCGAGGCAUGCGGAUCUGACAGCGGGGCUAUCAAGGACAAGAGCAAGCCUCCCACCAUUGUUGCUGCUGGCAUCCAGUAGACGUGUAGCGUAUGUCGUAAUGGGCUGGUGAGGACUUGAGAUGGCUCGAAAUGGACUUUCGCUUCUGAAGUAGGCAUCGUCGAUGAAAGUGUACGAUCAACCCGAUAGCUAUGAAUGGAAUGACAAAUGACACAGUAAUUUCCAUUU